CUGGGGCGGAAUCGCUGCCCUUUGGCUCCGCCUUGCCCGAUCCCGGCCCCGGCCCCGACGCAGGCUCCGGUCCCGACCCCAGCUCCGGUCCCGACCCCAGCCCUGGCCCCGGCCCCGACCCCGGCCCCGACCCCGGCUCCUCCCGGGGCCCGCGGAGGACACAGACGGCGCGGCCGCUGUCGCCGCCUCCGCUGCGGCUUCCCCGGCCCGAGCUCCGCCGCUCAGCAGCGCGGCCGCUGGCCCCGAGCCGCCGCUGCCGCGUUCCAAUGAGGGAACGCCUGCGGAUGCCCGGCCCGGGGAGCUCGGGGAGCGCUCGGGGGCCGUUCCUGUCCCCGGGCCGAGCGCUGAUGGCCGCGACUCGCCCCCAGGGAAGGCGCAGGAGGCCCUGCAGCAGCGCUACGAGCUGGGCCCGCUGCUGGGGCGCGGCGGCUUCGGCAGCGUCUUCGCGGCCACGCGACUCUCGGACGGCGCCCCGGUGGCCAUCAAAUGUGUGCCGCGGGAUCGCGUCCGGCUCUGGGGCGAGCUGCCCGACGGCACCCGUGCUCCCAUGGAGAUUGUGCUGCUGGACAGGGUGUCCUCUGGCUGUGCUGCAGUCAUUCAGCUGCUGGAGUGGCUUGAGCUCCCCGACAGCUUCGUGUUAGUGUUGGAGCGUCCACAGCGGUGCCAGGACCUCUCGCAUUUGCUGGCGGAGCGGAGGUUCCUGCCAGAGGAGGAGGCGCGGGGGCUCUUUCGCCAGGUGCUGGAGGCCGUGCAGCACUGCAGCAGCUGCGGGGUCCUGCACAGGGACAUAAAACCGGAGAACAUCCUGCUCGACCUGGCCACUGGGCAGCUGAAAUUGAUCGACUUUGGCUGUGGCGCCUUCCUGCAAGACACAGCCUACACCCAGUUUGCAGGAACCCUGUCCUACAGCCCACCAGAGUGGAUCCACCAGCAACGCUACCAUGGCCAGGCAGCAACAAUCUGGUCCCUGGGCCUCCUGCUCUACCAGCUGGUCAUAGGGAAGCACCCAUUCAUGAGGGGCCAGCAGAUCAUCUGGGGGCGGAUCUUGUUCCCACGACGGCUCUCCCAAGAAUGCCAAGAUAUUAUUAAGAGGUGUUUGUCCAUGCAACCCUCGGACAGGCCAUCCUUAGAAGACCUUUUCCGCGAUCCUUGGAUGCAGGCUGUUCAUCUGCCCUAGGAGAUGGGAGAGAUCCACAUGCACAGUUGGAUCCAGGGGCCUGGCAGGCAAGGAGAAGGAGCCCCUGGAGAAGCUGUUACCAGCUGGGGCUGCUGCUGGAGACACCAAGGGCAACCUCAAGGAUGGCAAUCUCUUCCUCCAGCUGGCCAGCUGAAGAUGAUGGAUUUCAAUUCUGGCAUGUCUUCUUCAAAGACUUGGUCCACGCCCAAUUUGCAGGUGAGUCCACAGCCAGGGG